AGCCGCGGACCUCUGCAGUCUCUCCGCGCUGGCUCUAGCCAAUCCCGCGGGGCCGCCAGACAAAGGCAAAGCCGGAAGAACAGUGGCGGCCGCUUCUCCCUCCUGCGCCCUCCUACACACGGGCCUACACUCCCUUGCGGGUUUUCGUUUUUAAAGUUUAUUUUGCAGCCUGUAGUUGACUGAGUUCAAAAGGAGGAUAAAUCUGGUCCCUGUUACUCCAUCUUGUCCAGAAAGGGAAGUUCUGAACUUCAUAUAAAUGGAACCGUAUAGAAGGUAUUCCUCUGUAUCUGGCUUCUUUUGAUGGUGUCGCAGUCCGUUCUCUCCUUCGCCAUCAGCCUCCGCCCGCCCGAUCUUCGCCUCGCUGCCUCGCCGCCCGCCUCCUCCGCCCGGCGCCUCCCGGCUCCCGCCGCCGCCCGCCCUUUGCGCUCCCCGGGACGAGGUAACGCGCCCUGGGCCGAGCCGCCGGGCCCUUGCCCCGGUGGGUGUGGCUCGGCCUCCCGCGCGCCCUGCCGCCGCCCCCGGCUCCUCUAGCGGCCCCCAGCUCCCCAUCCCCUCCCCGCCCGCAGCCCCAGGCCCCCAGGCCAGUCCUGAUGUCCGAGGCGGCCGGGAAUCUCAACAGUCUCCGCAUGGCGAACGUGGCCCUGCGAGAAGAAUUAAAUGCCCUUCGCGGGGAGAAUGCCAAUCUGGGCCUUCAGCUCGGCAGAGCCCUGGCCGAGGUCAAUUCCUUGCGGGGCAAUGUCUCGAGCUACAUGCGUUGGCCGGUGCCCGUGGUGCCCGUCCUUUCCGAGGAGAACUUUGAGUUCCCGCUCAGUGAGAUUGACGCCGUUCCUGAGGGAGAGCUGCCCUUCCUGUGCUGGCCUCCCCCGCGCGCCGAGCCCGAGUACGCCCCAGACGAACUGUUGAUUAGCGUGAUCCAGGAUUGCGGCACGUCCGGCGGGCCCACCGACCCACCCCCGCUGCCCAGCCCGCCCCCGCCGGCGCUGCCCCCACCCUCGGCCAAGGAGCUGCCCCCGCAGCCUCCUCUGCCGCCGCUGGAGCGGCCCGAGAUAGAACCCUUCUCGGGCGACCCAGUCUACCUGGCUGAAUUCCUGAUGCAGCUAGAGACUUUCAUAGCCGACCAUGAGGAUCAUUUCCCCGGGGGCGCUGAGCGGGUGUCCUUUCUGAUCUCCUUUUUCGCUGGUGAAGCCAAGGACUGGGCUGUCUCAGUCACCCAGGAAGGGAGCCCCCUGCAUGCCAACUUCCCGCGCUUCCUGGAUGAAAUCCGUAAGGAAUUCUGUGGCCCCAUCCCCCCAAGCGUGGCAAAAAAAGCCAUCCGCAAGCUCAAGCAGGGAGACUGUACCCUGGGCAGCUAUGCAGAUGCUUUUCAGUUCCUGGCUCAAUUCUUGUCUUGGGAUGACUGCCGCCUUCAAAACCAAUUCCUCAAAGGCCUGUCAGAAUUCUUCCGCAAGGAGCUCUUAUGGUCAACUGAAAUGGCCGACCUGGACGAGCUGAUUCUCGAGUGCGUGGAGAUAGAAAGAAAGGUGCGUGUCCCCAAGCCAAUCCCACUCCCUGGGGUUCGCAGUGUUUUCUUCCCUUUUGCAGCAGACCGUAAUCUUGAAGGUGAAGAGGGAGAAGAGUGCCACAGUGGGGAUGAAGAUGAAGAGGCAUGCAGGCCCAGGCUCCAGGACAAGGACCAGGGGAGGCGCGUGAGAGCUAUUCAGCAAGAGACCAGGGGGGAGGAGGGGGAGAAGAGGGAGGAAGAGAUGAGGAAGAAGGAGCUGAAACAAAAAGGGGAGGAGGACGAGGAGGAGGAAGAAGAAGAGGAGGAGGAAGAAGAGGAGGAGGAAGAAGAGGAGGAGGAAGCAGAGGAGGAAGAGGAGGAGGGGAGGAGGAAGAAGAGGAAGAAGGAGGAGGAAGAUCAGAAUAAGGACGAGAAAGACGAUGAACAUGAGGGUGGCCGCCAGGAACCGGAGCAGGAGCCAGAACAGGAGCAAGAGACAGAGGAUGAGACCCAAGAUGAUGACCUGGAUGAGCUGAUGGAGAUAGAGCCCACCUACGCCAAUGCUUCAUCCCAGACUUCUGGCUACUAUCAUGAAAAUUUCCUAGAUGUGUCACCUCCCAUCAUACAGCCCAGCAGACGGAGGAACCAGAAUCGAGUCCCACUUUUGGAGGGCCUUCCAGGUACCAAUUCACCAUUCUACAGUUCGCCGCCACUGAUUCGCCGGGCAGGUCGCCUGGGGCAACGCCAAAUACGACGCCGUCCCCCCGUGCUAUUCCGCCUCACUCCGAGGCAGGGGGGCCACCGGGCUGCGCGGGGCCGCAUUCGCGUGUGAGAGCCAGGGCGAGCCGCCCCCCCACCAACGUGAACACACCCUUCCACUGCGUCCCCUGCCCCUGCUUUCGCUGCCACACCUGCCCCAUUGACUGACCAGUACUUAAGGGACUUCCAAACUUGCAGAACCCGAAGAAGACCUGGAGAACUCCAGACCUUCCUGCGACCGUGACCGGGGAGUGACACCCGGGAAGGGAGGGCUCAGCAAUAGCUGCCCUCUUGGCGUGCACUCUGCUCAGUCCUGCCACGAGCUAGAGAGCAGGUGUCUGGGCCUGUUCCUGUAAAUGAACUGGUCACCCUCUUGUAUUUCCCCUCUAGUUGUUCCCGGCGCUCACCUCUCCUGCGUUUAUUCACGCCGUGUUCUAUGGUUUAAUCCUCUGACGGGCUAACCAGGACUUCACCCAGUGCCUCACUGCUCUGCCCCAGUGAGUGAAAGGACAGGCUCCACUGAACUCUUAAAGCCACUGAGGCCGCUUACUAGGUAUAAUCAGUGGAGAGCAAAUGCUAUCAAGAAACGUUCCUGGAAGCCUACACUUGCUUCGGGUCACCCCUCCAGCAGGAGGGCCCCGAAGAACCCCCUCCAUCUAGCCCAGUGAGAGUAUGCAAAACCACGUGUCCAGUGGACCACCCAGCUGAGACCUGACCUUGACUGACUGAGCAAGCUGGUUCCACCUUCCCACAGACUACAGGCUCAGGGCCUCAGGGCUCCCCAGAUCUGGGACCCUCUCCUCUUACUACAUUACCCUCCUGGGCAUCCCCAGUGGACAGAGCCCAAUGUUCCAUGCCCUACCCUUUUCCUUGACAUUGCCUAGAGGGUACGCAGUUGGGUGGGGGAGCCGGAGGAGGAGAAAGCAGCAGCAACAACUCAGUUUGACCUUGUAAAGAGUGACUCUUUCCUUAGGGACGGUGGUCUCCUCCCCCCGGCCAGGCAGGCCUUGGACUGCAGUCUCCAGCCAAAGGUCUUGGCAGAAGAUUUGCCAUCCUUGGGGUUCCAGAGGUGGCCUAAUUGGCCUUUCCUUCCCAGACUGCCAGAGAGAGAGGCCCAAGGCCUGCUCUUCAACUCCAACUUAAAGGACUCCUUAUUUCUGAGAGUAGAGAGGAAGGUCCUGUCUACAGAGACUUCACCCACUGCAGCCUUGCUGUCGGGAUGACCUUGUGUCUCUCACGCUCGGGGCAGGCCAUGGCCUGGCGCUGGGCAUCGAGUAGGCGGUGAGGCCUAAGCGGCUGACUGCCUCCUAGUAACUCCUGGGGCUUCUGGGUCCUAACCUAGGGGCCCUCAUAGAGACCUGCUGCCUGUCUUGGGUCCAGAAAACACUGCUUCUGCAGUGAAAAAUACACACUGUGUCACUCUGGCCACAGAAUGCCAGUCAGAUCCACUGCUGGCCUGAACUGCCCUCCACACUGGGCUUCCUGCACAGGGCCUGGCAGCCGGGCAAGUGCAGCCGAAGUGUCUGCGGCCAAAGGGAGGAAAACAUAGUAAAUCAAGCCUCUGUUCCUCACUGGAGUCUGAUAGGUAACCUCAGCCCAGCCUUAGGAUUUUGAGCCCAGAGGCAAGAGGAAGGAGCUGGAGGAAGAGGAGUCAUGGAGAAACCCAGGCCUCGGCUGGUUUCUGGUGAGGUCUCUGUUCAUCAGUGGGAGCUAUUUCCUCAGGAGAGAGUUCCAGAAGGGGAACCGCUGUUCUUCAAGGCCGUGGACCCUGUUUGCUGAUGGUCGACACGCUGGCCCUGCUGCCCACGUGCCUGCCGGAGAAGUGCAAAGGACAGGUGCCUUGCACGCCCAUCUCCAGGGACCCCUCAGCACAGGCCCUGCCUGUUCCCAUGGUGCUUCUCAUCCUGAGCCCGUGUAGCCUCGGCCGGGGAAAGGGCAGAUGAGCAGUGAGCUGGUUUCUGGCCCUCUGGUGGCAAGGGGGCUUGGGCUCCCUUUGACCCUCUUCCCCCCUUUUCCCAGGUCUUCAGUAUUGUGAUGUAACAGCCACAAGGGCUGUAAGAGGAACUAUGGGCUUUGGGCGCUUUCUUGGGUUGAAAGAGGGGUGGGUGGGGAUGAGGGGAUGCAUGCAGGGGUAUGAAGGCAGCCCACGGAUUCCCAGAGACCCGGGAAGAAAUCGUUUGAAACCAAUGUGUUAUCGUAUAUUGUUGCAUUACUGUGUUGUGAAGAUGAGAAAUCGUUCUGUAUGCUAAAGCUUGCUCCUCAAUAAAAAAGAUAUAGGGUGUGUAAA